CGUUAACUUGGAGAUUGCGUCCGAUUUGGUGUGUCCUCAUAAUAGACUGCCGAAUUCUAUUCUGUCCUCUUCCCUGAAUCUGUUAAUACGAGGCUGAGCGCCACAACACGUGAGAACCAGCCUCAUUUAUCUAGUCCCGAUCGAGCUUACGCGGAUAUCCAAGCUAAAUAAUUUCCUCGCCUUGCGACUGCAGCCUUCUCGUGAAAACACUCCACCACAUUCAAUAUUCAACACCGUCAAGAUGGAGGUUGCAAGGGGCAGGACCGAAGAGGAGAAGCAGGCUGCUGCGAAGGCCGAGUAUGAGAAACUCCUGACGAUGCGAUCUGGUGGCACGUAUAUCCCACCAGCGCGACUUCGAGCACUUCAAUCGCAGAUCACCGACAAGACGAGCAAGGAAUAUCAACGAAUGGCUUGGGAAGCUCUGAAGAAAUCCAUAAAUGGUUUGAUCAACAAAGUCAACGUUUCGAAUAUUAAGCACAUUGUCCCGGAGCUUUUUGGCGAGAACUUGAUAAGAGGGAGAGGACUCUUUUGCAGAAGUAUUAUGAAGGCGCAGGCAGCUAGUUUGCCAUUCACACCAAUUUAUGCUGCCAUGGCAGCUAUCGUCAACACCAAGUUACCGAAUGUUGGAGAGCUCUUGCUGAAGCGCCUGAUUGUUCAGUUCAAGAAGGGCUUCAAGAGAAACGACAAAGCUGUCUGCCUUUCCGCCACGACGUUCAUUGCUCAUUUGUGCAAUCAGCAAGUAGCCAGCGAGGUUGUUGCGGCCCAAAUUCUUCUACUCCUUCUUCACAAACCUACGGACGAUAGUGUCGAAAUUGCUGUUGGGUUGACUCGGGAGGUUGGCCAACAUUUGGAAGAAAUGAACCAGGCGAUUGCGCUCGCAGUAUUUGAUCAGUUCAGAAGCAUUUUGCAUGAGGCCGACAUCGAUAAGAGAGUGCAAUACAUGAUUGAGGUCCUCUUUCAAGUUCGCAAAGACAAGUACAAGGAUAACCCAGCCAUCAAAGAAGAGCUGGAUUUGGUCGAGGAAGAGGAUCAAAUCACGCAUGUCAUCGCCUUGGACGACGAAAUCGAUGUCCAAGAUGGCUUGAAUAUCUUCAAGUUCGAUGCAAAUUGGGAAGAGAAUGAAGAGGAGUACAAGCGGACAAAGGCCGAAAUCUUGGGAGAAGGAAGUGAUGAAGAGGGUGGAGAUGAAGAUGACAGUGAUGAUAGUGAGGACGACGAAGGAAAACAACAAGAAAAGGCGUUGGAAAUCAAGGAUCAAAGUAAUGCUGAUCUAGUUGCUCUACGGAAGACAAUAUACUUGACUAUAAUGUCUAGUAUCGACCCGGAGGAAUGCUGCCACAAGUUGAUGAAGGUCAAUUUGCCAGCUGGUUUCGAACACGAACUUCCAUCGAUGAUCAUCGAGUGUUGUUCCCAAGAGAAAACAUUCUCCAAGUUUUAUGGUCUGAUCGGUGAACGCUUUGCUAAGAUCAAUCGACUCUGGACCGAGCUCUUUGAGCAAUCAUUUGCCAAAUACUACGACACCAUCCACCGGUAUGAAACGAACCGGCUGAGGAACAUAGCUCGAUUCUUUGGACACCUUCUCAGCUCCGAUGCGAUUGGAUGGCACGUCAUGUCGAAUAUAAAAUUGAACGAAGACGAUACCACUUCAAGCAGCCGUAUCUUCAUUAAGAUUCUUUUUGAAGAUCUAUCCGAAGCAAUGGGCAUGAAGAAACUUCAAGCUCGUCUCAAGGACGACACUUUGCAGCCGUAUUUUGAGGGGCUCUUUCCCCACGACAAUCCUCGCAAUACGAGAUUUUCUAUCAACUACUUCACAUCCAUCAAGAUGGGCGCAUUAACUGAAGAUAUGAGAGAGUACCUUCAGAAUAUGCCAAAACCUGCCUUGCCAGCACCACCACCAGCCGCCGAUGACUCGAACUCGGAGUCGAGUUAUUCUUCAUCCUACAGCAGUAGGUCUUCAAGAUCACCAACUCCACAGCGAUCCCGAUCUCGAUCAGACCCUCGGUCAAGACGGAAGUACUCUAGUUCUCGGUCUGGGUCUCGGUCGAUUAGCCGCUCUAUAUCACCAUCGGACCGAGGCCGUUCGAGAAGCUUGUCCGAUUCGCGUUCACCACGAGGACGAGCAAGGUCUGUCACGCCUCCACGGAGACGAUCCUACUCGAGAUCUAUCACUCCUCCCCGGCGACGGUUUCCUUCUAGAUCUGUGACCCCUCCUCGCAGGAGAGCACCUUCUAUCACUCCCCCAAGGAGACGAGCACUCUCGAGAUCUAUCACCCCACCACGAAGACAACCUCGCCCGAGAUCCAUAACCCCGCCUCGAAGACGAGCACUUUCUAGAUCUGUCACUCCGCCCAGAAGACGGGCACGGUCAAGAUCUAAUACUCCAAAGCGAAGACGUGCAGAUUCACGGUCUAUCUCACCAGCUCCUAGGCGGAAAGCUUCCCGUGACGAUCGGUCAGAUUCGGAAUCGCCUCGGCCUCGGAAGAGAAGACGGCCAAGUUAAGGUGGUCUGCAUGAAUGGCAGAAUGAUCAUGUAAAUAUAGAACUUGUACGAAUUGCAGAACCCAAAAGCCUUUAGUCUACCCCUGGCGGGGCGAAGCUAUUAAAAAAAAGGACGAACAAUAAUUGCUGGUGUCUUCAUUGAACGGUAGUCGAGUAAUCAAGUAACCAAUCGCGGAUUUGCGAGAUCCCUUUCCUUGAAACCCAGUCAUAGGGGAGGCGUAUUCGGUGUCUGUGUGUAGCACUACUAGUUGUGAGCUACAAAAUUACAUACAAGAAUUGCAAACCACCCUCUGGCUGUCCAUCUUCUCGCAUAGUUUUUUU